AUGAGGAACCCAUUCAAGGCACUGAGCAAGUCGACCGAUGUGCUUGAGCCGGAGCCGGUCACGGUCGACCAGCAUCCUCAACCAAGUUCGAGCGAGGGCGAGAAGGGAAAGCCCAAAGUAGACAUUUCCCAAGCGGCGGCCGACCUAAGCAAGAUCGAGCACGCACACCAAUGGGACCCCAACUUGCCCCAGGCCCAGCUCGAUGCCUUCAAAAAGGCCGUCGCAAGUGGAGAUGCCGAGGAGAUCGCCAAGGCCGAAGCCCUCUUCACCGACGACUCGCCGUACGAAGAGGUCCGCGCCGCCGUCCGCAACACCGACGGAGGCGAAGUGGCCAACACAGUGCGGGCGUGGAUUCUAGGCAUGAUUUUCGUUACCCUCGGAAGCGGCGUCAACAUGUUUCUGAGUAUGCGCAGUCCGGCCAUCAGCUUCCCGUCCGUCGUGGUCCAGCUGCUCGUUUACCCCGUCGGCUGUCUAUGGGCCAGGGUCGUGCCUACUAAAGUAUUCAGUACAUUCGGUGUCAAGUGGACUUUCAACACGGGCCCUUUCAACAUCAAGGAGCACGUCGUCAUCACGCUCAUGGCCAACGUGUCUAUCGGCUAUGCGUAUAGCACUGACGCCCUCCUGGCGCUGCAGGGUAAGCCCUUCUACAACAUCAACCUUGGCUGGGGCUUUGCGUUGCUCUUCACCCUCAGCUCGCAGCUCAUUGGCAUCUCUUUCGCGGGAAUGUUCCGCCGCUUUCUCGUCUGGCCGUCCGCCAUGAUAUGGCCCAGCGUGUUCUCCAAUACAGCCCUGUUUCACGCGCUCCACGACAAGACCAAGAGCGAUAACGCUGACGCCAAUGGCUGGGGCAUUAGUCGCUACCGCUACUUCUUCUACGUACUGUGCGGCAUGUUCUGCUACUACUGGCUCCCUGGCGUGAUAUUCCAGGGCAUGCAAGUCUUCGCCUUCGUCACCUGGAUCAGCCCCAACAACGUCGUCCUGAACCAGCUGUUUGGUGGAAUCACGGGUUUGAGUCUGAUCCCCAUUACCUUCGACUGGACUUACGUCAACGCGUACCUGGGCGACCCUCUGCUGGCCCCGGUACACACCCACAUCAAUACUCUGGUCGGAUUAUUCGUCUUCGUCAUCUUGUCCACCAUCGGAAUAGUCUACUCGGGUGCGAUAUACUCCGAAUACGUGCCGCUCGUCACUUCGCAGACCUACGACAACACCCAGAGCAAGUACAACGUCAGCCGCAUCCUGGGCGACGGCUUCACCUUUGACUUGGCCAAAUACAAGGAGUACUCUCCUCUCUACCUGUCGCCUACCCUCGCGCUCAACUACGGCAUGUCGUUCGCCGCCCUGACCGCCGCUCUCGUUCACACUGGACUCUUUCACGGCAAGGAGAUCUGGUAUCGGCUAAAGACGGCCAGGAACCAAGAGCCAGAUGUCCACUUGAAGAUGAUGAGGAAGUAUGUCGACGCGCCGGAUUGGUGGUACGUCGUGCUCUUCGUUAUUACCAUGGCGCUGGGCCUCGGUACCUGUCUGGGUUACGACUCCCAGAUCCCUUGGUGGGCAUUCUUCGUGUCCGUCAUUAUGGUGCUCGUCUUUGUCAUCCCCACAUGCACCAUUCUCGCCAUCUCCAACAUUGCCCUGGCGUUGAAUGUGCUCUCGCCCUUUUUGGCUGGCUUCAUGAUCCCUGGGAGACCUAUAGGUGUUAUGAUUUUCAAGGUCUACAGCACAAUUGUCCUCGGCCAGGCCCAGACGUACAGUGCUGAUCUGAAAAUGGCCCAUUACAUGAAAAUCCCGCCCAAGACAACCUUCUGGUGCCAGGUUGUCGCCACCAUCUGGGCCACCUUUGUCCAGAUCUCCGUGAUGAACUGGACGCUGGGUAAUAUCCCCGGCUGCUGCGAUACCGACCAGCCCGCCAGGUUCACCUGCCCUAACGGCCGUGCCUUCUUCUCCUCGUCCAUAGUGUGGGGCGUCAUCGGCCCCCAACGCAUGUUCGGCUCGGGCUCCAUGUACGCCAACUUCAACUACUUCUGGCUCAUCGGCGCAGUCUUGCCAUUAAUCCUCUGGGUGCUCAUUCGUAAGCUCAACGUCAAGUUCGCCCGCCACUUCAACGCCCCCAUAAUGCUGGGCGCCAUGGGCUGGCUGCCCCCCGCCACGCCGCUGAGUUUCUGGUCUUGGGGCAUGUACGGCCUGCUGUUUAACCACUUUAUCCGCAAGCGGUGGGGUGGCUGGUGGCAUACGUACAAUUUUGUCACGGCGGCUGGACUGGAUGCCGGGUUGAUAAUUUCGACUAUUGUGGUGUUCUUUGCGAUUACGUUACCUGAUGUGACGAUUCCGCAGUGGUGGGGAAAUGUGGAUGUCUAUAAUACUAUGGAUUCUUCGUUCACUGCGGUUCUCAGGACUGUACCUGAGGGUGGGACCUUUGGGCCUGCGACUUGGUGA